AUGAGACAAGCUAUGGAGGACGGUGUCAGUGAGGUGCUCUCUAGUGUGGUAAACGAUGUUGGAGAAGCUGUCAGCAGAAAUGUUAGUGGUGCUGAGCUUCUGCAUGAACUGUUGAGUGCACCGUGGCUGCACGCCCUGCUGAAGAUUUAUGAGUGCCUGCUGCAGUUCCAGAGACUGUCGCCUAGUCCCUUUCUGCCUUAUGCCUCAAGACUCUUACAUGAGAUCAUGACUGUUAUGGAGAAGGUCCACUGUCCCUCUGCUGAAGCUAGAGAGCUUUACAGCCUCCUCAGCUCACCACACAUCCAGGCCCUCCUGUCAUCCCAUGACAGUGUAGCCCUGUUAGACUAUGGACCUGUUUUACCCCCUCUGCCUGAUGAGAUGCCUGAGGAUGAGGAGGCCAUGAGGAUUGUUUGUCUGGUGAAGAACAACCAGCCAUUGGGGGCAACUAUAAGAAGGGACGAGGAGACAGGAGAUAUUUACAUCGCCAGGGUGAUUCGUGGAGGACUGGCGGACCGCAGCGGACUACUCCACCCCGGUGAUUUGUUAGUAGAGGUGAACGGAAACCCAGUGGUGGGUCUGGAGCCAGAACAGGUCAUCCAGAUACUGAUCAAUUCCCAGGGCACUAUCCUGUUUAAAGUCAUUCCAAAUGCAGCUCAGACCAGCAGCACUCAGAAGCCGGUUUACAUGAGGACGAUGGUGGACUACUGCCCCCUGCAGGACUCCUCCAUCCCCUGUCCUGAUGCAGGAAUGUCAUUCAGCAAAGGAGACCUGCUGGAGGUGGUUGACCAGUCAGAUGCACAGUGGUGGCAGGCCAGGAAGCUGUACUGUCCAGUGUCCUAUGCUGGUCUGAUUCCUUCUGCUGGCAUGCUGAAGAGCAAACAGAGGGAACAGUGGUGGUGUCAGCCAUUACAGGUUCAUACCUGCAUCAGACCAUUUACCUUGGCUGAUAACGAGGACGACCUGACACAAGCUGAUGACAAACACACCACAGCAGACUUAAAUGAAUCAUCCACCAAUGAGAAUGACUCUGAUGUUACGGAUGGAAUCUACCUGGCUGGUUUCCGUCGAAGUUUCCGACUCUGGAAGAGGGUAUCUUAUAGGAGGAGAAGACAGUCCUGCACCUCCUGUUCUCCCAGUAGCAGUGCUCUGUCCACUCCGUAUGAGGAGGUGACUUUGUAUCAGCGUCCCCCACAAGAGAACCACCGCCUCAUCAUCCUUGUCGGCGCUUCAGGAGUUGGAGUUAAUGAACUGAGGAAGAGACUCAUCAAACUGAACCCCUCGACCUUCCAGGGACCACUACCUCACACCACACGUCCAAUCAGAGAAGGAGAGCAAACAGGAAGAGAGUACCAUUUUGUCACCAAGGAGCUGUUUGAGUACAUGGUCUGUAACCACAGGUUUGUUGAGUAUGGGGAGUAUAAGGGUCAUCUGUAUGGGACCAGCACUGAUGCCAUUGACGAAGUGCUGAAACGAGGAAGGAUGUGCAUCAUCGAUGUCGAACCACAUUGCAUCCAGUCACUGCGGGCGAGGAAACUGAAGCCCUAUGUGAUCUUCAUCAAAGCUCCCAGCCCAGACAGACUGAGGCAGACUCGGAGAGAUGCCCGUAUCAUCAACUACACCAUCAGCAGAGCAUUCACAGAAGAUGACUUUGUGGAGCUGGAGGAGGCGUCCAAGCUGAUGGAGGCAAAGUACAGACAGUUUUUUGACAGUGUGCUAGUGAAUGAUGACCCGCAGGAUGCCUGCAUGCAGCUCUGCUCCAUCAUGCAGCAGGCACAGGACGAACCACAAUGGAUACCUGUCAGCUGGAACCGAAUGGAGUAG